AUGCCGGCUGAAUAUCAUCGAGUUGCCAACAAUGAAAAGUUCAUCGAUGUAUCUCUCGGUCGAAGAUCUACUGACAGCUCGAAUUCGACGUUGUUGGACUCAGAAUAUGAUGAAAAGGCUCAAGAUGUAGAAUCUAUGCCAUUGCCUAGACACACAUACGAUAACCGAUGGAUGUGGUUGGUACAUGCUGUACUGCUUUCGUUUUCAUUUGGUUUAUUCAUAUCGGCAUAUUGUACGAGGAUAACAACUCUCAAGCACGUGAAGGAAUACUCGGCAUGGUCUCCCGCUGCAAAAGCAGUCGAGUAUCAAAAAGUUAAAUUCAAUAACACGAUGGAACUGGGUCACCUUGGCGAUCAAAUGAUCUUACCAGACCAACUUGACAAAAUUGGUAUGCCUGACACGCAUCUGAAAGUCAAGGAUCCAAAAACUGGAGUCGAAGGCUACAGAGUUGGCCUGGAAGUUUUUCAUCAAUUACAUUGUAUAAAUCUUCUCCGACAAGUCACGUAUAAAGAUUGGUACGAAGACAUCAGUGGAGAGUUCAAAGAUGGGCAAAAGGGCCUUCAAAUGCACACAGGUACUCCUCGCUUACUUACCCCUUCAUUUAUGAGAAAUCCUAAUAAUGAGUUUUCAGAUCAUUGUCUAGAGAUCUUACGCAUGAAUGUACAAUGCAAUGCAGACGUUGGAGUCUUCACACUUUAUAUGGUGGAAGACGAUCCUCUUCCAUGGCCAGAACUCAAUUCUUGGCAUGUUUGUAGAAAUUUCGAUGCCAUUGUAGAUUGGGCCAUGGAUAAUUCGGUAGGAAUCAUGGAAAUGCAUGAUAAUAACACGGAUACCAAUGGUUCUACUUCAUAG